AAAAUAAGCAUAUAUUUAAAAAAGAAUUGUGCUACGUAAUCCAUAUGAAGGUGCUCAUCCAUAUUUCCUUCCCUGGGGCCCCUCAUUUCUUACUACGCCCUUGGCUCGAUAAUAUGGGCCCAGGUGAAAGCAAUCAGUCCUAAACACUUAAGGGUGUGUUCUAAUCUCUCCUAAACCAUAUAAAACCUGGUGUGGUUUCAUAUGGACUGUAUUGAUCGACAUCCAGAACAAAAAUGAAGGCACCGAUUAAACUCACGACCAUCAAAACCAAAGUGGGACAGAAGAAACGGAAAGACGCUUACCGCGACUUCAUCAACAGAGCUCACCAAGAGGUCAAGAGCUUUGUAUUCACACCGGUGCUGGAUAAAGAAAAAAAAUCAUGCCUUUGUCACGGAAUGUGUUGCGAAAACGUGCAUUGGUUCAAAGGCUGCGACCGGGGCAAACUUGGACAAGACGGUGGAGUUCGACAGGCUCGACGUUCUAACGUUUGUGAAUCACUGUCCCAGGGACCUGAUGUUGUUCCAGGCGCCAGCAGUGCGCUCCAGACCGACCACCCCGGCUGUCCCAGGCGGGUUCUUUUGGGACUGGUAGCCCUGGAGGCAAGCCGGAUUUCAAAGACUUCCAGUUCCAGGAGACGUCGCAUCACGCCGCAUGAGUUGAACGCUGCAUUGGCUCUUGUCCUAGGGAGGACCCCAAACGCUGCUUGAUGGGCGACAUAAUAUAUAUCUAUAUAUUUUUUAAGAUGUAAAUUAUUUUUAGAGUUGUAUGCGUGUUGUAUUAAAGAUUUUUUUUAAACCCUUCCCAUCUCGUGUGCGUUGCAUCUUUCAGUUUAUAAUCUCAUUUAAUUUGCGCAACUGUGCGUGCUAGUUUCUGAGCGCUGUGCUAUCAGAUGUCAACGUCGAUCCAGUUGGCGUCUAAAAAAAAAACCACAACGCGGUGUGACGCACGCUGUUUGUUUACGCGCACCUGGUGCUUCCCCUCCACACCUCCAUCCCAGCGCUGUCCUUGGCGACGAGAAACUCCGCAUCCAUUCCUUAUUGGGCAUCAGCAAGCAUCUGGACCGGAGAGCACGGUGGAUUAUAGGUGUUUUCUAACCUCCCAGGCGUAUGGAGCUCCAUUUAAAGACUGCAGAUACCAUGGCUGCAGACGAAUGUCUCCCACAACGUAUUCCCAAGCACAGCCAGCACAUUUUAAAACACUGGCCCAAGUGACGACUCAUCUCUUCCACUGUCUAUCAUGGGCUGCGGGACCUCGAUCUCCACUGAACCUCAGGGGAGGGCCAUGGAGACAGAAGAGGCUUCCAGCCCUGCUACCCCAAGCCCUGCUCUGACUAUGAAGGCAGCCAUCCUGAUCCAGGGCUGGUACCGACGCUACAUGGCCCGUCUGGAGAUGAGACGCAGGUACACCUGGAGCAUCUUCCAGUCCAUCGAGUACGCUGGGGAGCAGGACCAGCUACAGCUCUCCAGUUUCUUCAGCUUCAUGCUGGACAACUUCACGCAUCUUAACGGCAGCGGGCCAGACCUGAUCUCCCAGCUGCUAGACCCCGUGGUGGACCCCUGGCUGGGCAGGGAGACGUGCUACGAGCUGAUCCCCGUUGCAGAGUCCUACAGCGGGCCACGCAUUUCUUUCCCGCUCUCCGUCUCCCACACCAACAGCCUCGUCAACGCCUUCAAGGAGCACCAGACUCUCCAUGCCAGGUAUGCUCUGCAGUUGCUAUGGGAGACCAAAAAGCUGCUCAAGCAGAUGCCAAACAUCGUCCACAUGUCUACGUCCUACGCCAAGGAAAUCACCAUAUGUGGUGAUCUGCACGGACACCUGGAUGACCUCCUCCUCAUAUUUUAUAAGAACGGGCUCCCUUCUGCUGAAACGCCGUACGUGUUCAACGGGGACUUUGUGGACCGGGGGAAGCAGUCGACAGAGGUGGUCUUGAUCCUGUUCGCUUACCUGCUGCUGUACCCCAACCACAUGCACCUGAACCGGGGCAACCAUGAAGACCACAUCAUGAACCUCAGAUAUGGAUUCACCAAAGAAGUUAUGCAGAAGUACAAGACCCACGGCCGAGAGAUUCUCCAGCUCUUCCAGGAUGUCUUCAGCCUUCUGCCCAUCGCUACAGUGAUCGACAGCAAGGUUCUGAUUGUUCACGGAGGAAUCUCGGACCAAACGGACCUGGACUUCCUCAACUCCAUAGAGAGGCAGAAGGUGAAGUCGGCCCUGCGGCUGCCCAGACGCAGCCUGGAGGAGCCGGACGUGAGCCGGCCCUACAAGCAGACCCACGGCCCCCGUCCCGGCAGCAGCCACAGCCGCCGGCAGCGGCCCGGGGCACAGACCAAGAGGAAGCGGCACCGUGGCCUCAGCCGCCAGGACAGCGGCUCCUCCUCCUCCUCCUCCUCCUCCUCCUCUUCCUCCUCGCUGUGCUCCUCGAGGACCCCCUCCUGCCUCUCCCCGCGGCCCUGCUCCUCGCCCCCCCCCCCCACCGUGCCCUUCUCCGUCGACGGCCUCCAGGUUCCCUUCCUGGACUCCCUGGCCUCCCUGCCUCCACCCUCCCCCCCCCGGGUGGAGCGGGAGUGGAAACAGAUGGUGGACGUGCUGUGGAGCGACCCCAAGCCGCAGGACGGCUGCACCCCCAACACCUUCCGGGGCGGGGGCUGCUACUACGGGCCGGACGUCACCCAGCGCCUGCUGCGUCACCACGGCUACCAGCUGCUCAUCCGCUCGCACGAGUGCAAGCAGGAGGGCUACGAGAUCUGCCACGGCGGAAACGUGAUCACCAUCUUCUCAGCCUCUAACUACUACGAGGAGGGCAGUAACCGGGGGGCCUACGUGAAGCUGGGCCAGGACCUGCUGCCCCGGUUCUACCAGUACCAGGUCAGCCGGACCACCCGCAAGCUCACCCUCACCCAGAGGGUGAGGGCAGCAGAAGGCUCAGCUCUGAGAGCUCUCCAGGAGAAGUUGUUCUCUCACCGCUCUGAGCUGCUCACUGGAUUCCUGCCCUUCGACCACAACAACACAGGCUUUGUGUCGGUCAGCGAGUGGGCCCAGGUCCUGGAGACGGUGCUGAGGCUGGAUCUCCCCUGGAGGACCCUGCGGCCCCACCUGGCCCGCCUGGCCCCCGACGGCAGCGUGGAGUACCUGUCCUGCUUCGACUACAUGGGCCCCGGGCUCCACCUUCCCCAGGUGACACCAAACCUGGCGGAGACUCUGGUCCGAUACCGGACAGACCUGGAGCUCAUCUUCAACAUCAUAGACAAAGAUCAUUCAGGUCUUAUCUCCCUGGACGAGUUCCGCCACACCUGGCGUCUCUUCAGCGGUCACCUGGGCGUCGCCCUCGACGACGGGGCAAUCGACGCCCUGGCGCGAAGCAUCGACUUCAACAAGGACGGCAGCAUCGACUUCACCGAGUUCCUGGAGGCCUUCAGAGUAGUGCACAAACUGGACAAGGACCACUAACCAGCAAGAGAUACCAACUAUACAACAUGGAGCGCUUACCAGCCAGAGACUAACUAGGACACUAACUAGACCACAAGGACCACUAACCAGCCAGAGACACAAACUAGACCACAAGGAUCACUAACCAACAAGAGAUAGAGACUAACUAGACAACAAGGACCACUAACCAGCUAGAGAGAGUAACUAGACAACAAGGACCACUUAUAGUUGACAAUGGUGCAUGCGUAGUUAGAAUUUGUACACCUUUAGAAAUGUAGUAUUGUUAAUAUAACCAUUCAAAUUGAAUAAUUACCACCAAAGUAUGUCAUCUUGACAAUGGUUCUUUCAAAUAUCAGCCACACAUUUGGACAGAUGUUUUUAUUUAAUGACCAAACACAACCCCAGUACAAGAUGUUCAUAAAAAAAUAUUAACCUAUAUAUGGUAAUGUUAAAUACACAUUUAAUCUUCAUUAUCAUAAAUAUUAGCAUAUGUCGGCGCCUUAUAUGUAUUACAGUAUAUUAAACUAUUAUAUCCUGCAUUGAAGGAUAAAAUAUCAAACUAACAUGGUCUAUUGUUUUAUCAAGUUUCCUUCAGGUUACAAAGGUACUACUUAAGAUUCAGCCAGCCGGCACCUUGCUCAUGAGCCAUGGCAGUAGGAUUAGUCCUAGAUCUACGUUCUUUGACCACUGGCCAGAAUAGUCAUUCUCUGCUCUUAUAUGACCACGUACUUCCAUGUUUCAUUAACAUGAAAUCUGUGUUUUGAGGCAGCCUGUGAAAGCUUAUCACAUGGAUUAGAAUUGCAUUGUUCUUAAUAUAUUAUAUAUGAACAAAC